CGAAGUUUCCUGCGGUGAAAAGCCAGGCACUGACCGAUGACACGUGUUAAACUGUGUUGAGAAUUAUUGCUGGUAAAGUGUUCAAUGAGGAUAAUAUUUUAAAUAUAAUGAGAAGUCUGUGAUAAAACUUCGCUUGAUUGGUAAAUUUUACGACUCUCGAACACUGGAAAAAAUUUCGAGACCACGUGCGCAGUAGCAAAACACGGUCUGUCAGCCGUUCGUGAAAUCACAUAGUCGACGUUUUCAUUGAAGAAUUUUAGAAAAAAGACCAAUUUUAAACGUUUUGGAGAUAAUGGAUGACUGGGGAGAUGGACCACCAACAGAAGGUAGAGGCAGAGGCUUCAGCAAAGGAGGAUUUGAUGAUGGGGGUCCUACAGGAGUAACAAAGGGCCUUGGAAGGGGUGUGUUGCGAGCUGGCUUCAGCGCUGAAGUCAAUGGUACUUCCAAUGGAGAAAAUGGAUUGUCAGGGGGAUUCUCAAAUAUGUCCGUUUCCAAGCCAAGCUUUGGGGAAUCUAAGGGCGGAUUUGAGAACAAGAGCAGUGGAGGAGGUGGCAGAUUUGGUGCCAAAACACAGAAUGGAGGAGGGGGUUUUGGAGACAGAGAUUCCAAUGGAAUGACCAACGGUGGCAGUGGCUUUGGUCGCGGUGGCGGUGGGUUUGGUCGUGGAGGUGGUGGCAGUGGGUUUGGUCGUGGCGGAGAUGGAGGCAGUAGUGGUGGUUUUGGAUCAGAUCGUCCUCCACGUGGAGGAGGUUUUGGAGGUGGUGGUCGUGGUGGUCGUGGUGGCCGUGGUGGCAGAGGUGACAGUGGUGGCAGUGGGUACCCAAAAGGAGACACAGAACGUUCUGCUCCCUACAUCCCUCCAGCACCUUCUGAAGACGAAAAUGAAAUAUUUGGAGGCAUUUUAAAGGGUAUUAACUUUGACAAGUAUGAGAAAAUUCCAGUGGAAGUGACAGGUCGAGGGGCACCCUCUUCUAUCAAGAGUUUUGACGAGGCUGGCAUAUAUGAGGGCUUUAUGAAAAAUCUUGUGAAGGCACAUUUUGAAAAACCAACUCCAGUGCAGAAGUUUUCAAUCCCUAUAGUGAUGUCUGGAAGGGAUCUGAUGGCGUGCGCCCAGACAGGAUCAGGUAAAACGGCAGCUUUCCUUCUCCCUGUCCUCACGGGAAUGAUGAAAAAUGGUCUGACUGGAAGUGCUUUUUCUGAAGUGCAAGAGCCACAGGCCCUUGUAGUGGCUCCUACCCGCGAACUAGCUCUACAGAUAUUUAAUGAUGCUCGCAAGUUUUCCCAUGGAACCAUGCUACGGCCAGUGGUGCUGUAUGGAGGUACAUCUGUGGGUUAUCAGCUGAAGCAGGUGGAGAAUGGUGCUCACAUCGUUGUUGGGACACCAGGAAGACUAAUAGAUGUCAUUAACAAAGGAAAGAUAAGUCUGUCAAAACUGAAAUACCUUAUCUUGGAUGAAGCAGACAGGAUGUUGGACAUGGGAUUUGGACCAGAUAUUAAGAAAAUUGUACAUGAACUUGGUACACCAGAAAAAACUGAGAGGCAGACACUGAUGUUCAGUGCCACAUUUCCUGAGGAAAUCCAGAAAUUGGCUGGUGAAUUUCUAAAUGACUAUUUGUUUUUAACUGUGGGUCGUGUAGGAGGAGCCUGUUCAGAUGUGACACAAAAUUUUUUUCAGGUGGAAAGGCAGCAAAAGAGACAGAAAUUGUGUGACAUACUGUCAGAAUCAGGUGCAGAUAAAACAUUGGUGUUUGUGGAGCAGAAAAGAAAUGCCGAUUUCCUGGCCUCAUAUCUGUCAGAGUCUGGUUUCCCUACAACUAGUAUACAUGGGGAUCGACUCCAGAGGGAAAGAGAAGAAGCUCUUAGAGAUUUCAAAAUGGGCAAAGCUCCCAUCCUGAUAGCCACAUCUGUAGCAGCACGUGGCUUAGACAUUCCUAAUGUGAAACAUGUAAUAAACUAUGACCUACCUCAGUCGAUAGAAGAAUAUGUACACAGGAUAGGCAGAACCGGGCGUUGUGGCAAUCUGGGCAAAGCAACAAGUUUCUAUUCAGAGGACUCGGACGGUAGUCUAGCCAAACCACUGAUGAGGAUCUUGGUGGAUGCUCAACAAACAGUACCUGACUGGCUUGAAUCCAGUGGGCAAGGCAUGAUGUCUUCAGGAUCAUAUUCUGGAGGCAGUCGAUUCGGAGGAAGAGACAUCAGAAAGGGCCAAGAAAGGACAAGAGAACACGCAGGAAAUGGCCAAAGUUCCUACUCCGGAUAUGGCAGUGGAUUUGGUGGUCAGACAGCUAAAGUCGGUGGUGAUGGUGAGGACGAUGAGGAAGACUGGGACUGAGCAUACCAGAAUUAUACCGAGUGUUAUCACUAGCUCAGGUGCCAGUUCUAUCACGAGGUCGGGCCACCAUUUGGUGUCAUGUCGUGUGUGAAUACAUAUGUGUUCUCAACUAUGGAGACUGGUUUCGGUCCAAGGAGAGAGAUCUUUGUGUCGAGUAACAAGACAAUCAUAAACAGCUAUAUUCAUGAGGGAGUAAGGAGUCCCAAUGUUACAGUUGUUGAACAUGUUUUUCUGUUAAAAUUUGUUUCAAAGUGUUAAAACAUUUAGAUAGGUGCCUAUUAAGUUUUUUUCAUUACAAAAUGUACAUUUUCUUUUCUGAUAGAGUAGCUUUGAUAUCUUCAUAUCUGACCUCUGAUGGAUAGUGAAGAAAGUCCACUUCUCCAAACUCAGUCCUUCAUAUCAUAUUCAUUUUGGACUGACUUGCAAUCAGUGGAUCUACCAUUGGGGAUUCAAUAUGUGAGCAGAACAUACUGUUUUCGGGAUUGAAGAUUGAAUAUCUGGCAGCAUCUUUUUGGCAAACUUGGUGCUUAGGGAAGAAAUGUUGAUGCUUUGUUUAAGCUCUCCUAUUCUACAUACAACAAGCAUUAUUAGUGUACAGUGUCAGAGGUGAUCAGAACUGGUAUUUGUUGUAUCAACAAGAACUCUUGUAUUUUACUUUCUGCUUUUUGUAAUUCAUUUUCAGCUUGCCGCUGCACUGCAGCAAUCUGUAAAAAAAUACAUAAAAUAGAGGCAGAGAUGUUGCCUUCAUCAAAAGUAUUUUAGUGAGCAAGCUAGUCCAUAAAUAGGGAUCAUUCAGUCCUUCAAUACUGCAUUCAUCUAAAGUAUUUUAGUGAGCAAGCUAGUCCAUCAUUAAUGAACAGGGAUCAUUGAAUCCUUCGAUACAAUUCAGUUGUACAAUUCCAGUAAUAUCAACUGAUAUCCUUCUGAUAGUUGGAAUUGCUUAACAUUGCCAAUGUGUUAUGUGGUGUUGCUCUAUCUUAUCCUAAUGCUCAUUAUUUUUUAUGUUGUGUUUAUUAUGUCGCUGGAUGGUAGUUAAAUGUGGCAUGGGGAAAGACAAGUGAAGCAGUCCUAAGUGGCUAACAUCUACCGAGAUGUUGAAAUGUGUAACUAGUGAGGCAAGUUGUCUCAAGUUAAUCUCAGUUUUUGAGAUUUUUUAGAUGAUUGAAAAGGUUUGUGAGUUCAGAAUUGCUGGAACAGAUGUUUGCCAGAAUUAAAUGACUUGUAAUGGAUGACCGUGUCAUGAUUUGAGAUUUCCAGGGCAUUGAAAGAUAAUUAUAGUAGUUUUGUGUUUUGCUGGUAAGCUUGGCACCAUGACCUGUAUUUCGUAGUGUACUGAUUAUUAACAGUGGUUUCAGAGUUCCUGCAAUGGAAAGCAGUCUACCUGGCAGUUUUGGUCGUGAUAGUGGGGUUAGUGAAAAACAAAGGGUAAUGCUGCUAGUGUAAUGUGGGUCUAAAAACCAGGAUUGUGUUGUCUCUGAGCUGGUAUCGCUGCAGUUCUUCUCAGCUGAUCUGUUGAGGAUUGGCUUCAUCGUGCCAAACGUAUACAGAACUUUUUUGCACCUUUAACAGUGAAGUACACCAGUCGUACUUCCUGGUGAGUUUUAGUGCUGGGUGUGCAUCCAUUUGUUUAUAGAAAACUUUCUAGUGCUGUCUAUAUAUGAUUUUGUACCAUGUAAGAAUGAUUAACAAGUUCAACAAGACAUUGAUAUCCUAUUUUCUAGAAUCCUUUGUGUGUUAAUCACUUUCAAAGAGCCAGACCAACUCCUCGACCGAUAUUAUUUUAUAUUAAAAAAAAAUCAUAAUUUUCUAUUUUUCUCGGGUAGCAAAAGUGUUGACUAACCCUGUAAUACCGCAAUUUUAAAGUAAAUCGCUACCAAUCUAACAUAAUAAAUAGUUUUAAAAAAGAAUUCGAAAAGACUCAGUGCUAAUUUAUAAUUAUGAGGGAAGUCCUGCCCUCUAACGCAUGCGCAAAGAACUGUAAAUAAAUCUGCCGUCUUCCAACAUGGCAGAAAGCGUGCAAGGGAGGUGGGGAAGAAAAUGUGUUUUGACGGACUCUGAGGCGAAAAGAAGGAAGGUGGCGCGAGACCGUGAUAUAUCAAAGGUAAAGAUUUAUAUUUGUGUGCAUACGGAAAGAUGGAAUACUGUGAAGACCGAACUGAAUUUAAAAACAAAUCGCAAAAGUAGCGUGCAUUUUGCUUGCCAGGUAAGAACUCAAUCCACAAAUAUAAAAUUCGUUUUAGAUAGGUCCAUUUCGUGAUUUUCUAUAUGUUCAUUACCGUAUUGUAGCCCCCAUUUGAGGGCCUCUUGGCAAUUAAUCACAGUUUUUCUCGUAAUCUGCACGUUUUUGUGUCGUAUCUAAGCAUUGAAAGAUAUUAUCAAUACAUAUGUUAGAUGAUUUCAAUACAGGAUAUAUAGAGUAUUGAUUGCAUUUAUCGGUGAAAUCUCUUUACAAGCGAUGUCACAUGGACAUACUACUCGCCUCUUCCCCCAUUUUUGUUUUGGCUCGGACCGUGUCUGAUCAUAUCACAUGACUUUUCCUCAUCAAUAUUUAUAUCCUGGUGUUGAUUAAUGAGACUAAUUCCAGCACCGAUAUCUCCGGUACCCUUUCAAUUUCAGGUUCAAAACUUUACACAAGUCUUUAUUUAUAUGUUAUCUAUUAGUAUACAACAUUUACAGUCAAUGAAAUAUGAAAAAUGUCUAUAACAGAGUGGGUCUGGCUCUUAAGUAAAAACAAACACAAAACAGUAUCACAAGAUGUAAACCCUACAAUUUUUAACAAUUUUAUAGUGAAACCACUAGCCAUAUCUGUACCAAGGUCACCUUUGGUUGUUGUCCAAACUAUUAGACUUAAAAGUUGGCAUUAUUACUGCUACAGCUGCACUGGAUGGUUAUACAGUCCUGGUAACAUUCUAACUGUGAUGACAUGCUAACUGUGAUUCAUUCAUUCCCACUUUUCUGGUCUUGCCCACUCCAUGUACAUUCUUAUCACAUAUUUUAGUUAAACCAUUUUAUAUGCUGUAUAAUAAAAUGAUAAUGUUGAUA